AUGACUCUACUAACCAGAUUACAAACGGCCUUGUUGGCCUUGACUGCGGCUUCUGCUAUUGCUGAGCCUAUUGUGGCCAUUGCCAAGAACAAGAUCACCUACAGAGGCACCACAUCGGGAUCCAUCGAGCAUUUUCAGAACAUCAAGUAUGCUCACGAUACCUCUGGUCAUCGUCGGUUUGCACCCCCUCAGCCAUACGUGCCCCCUGAAGGCAGCGAGAUGGACGCUUCAGCGCCGGGGCCGGCUUGCCCUCAGAACAGAGCAGGUGUCCCCCCCUUCUUUGCGGAUACACCGGACAUCAGUGAGGACUGCCUCAGCCUUCGCAUUUCCAGACCAGCUGGCACAACAGCAGACGACAAGCUACCUGUCGUGGUACAUCUUCAUGGCGGCGGCGUAGUCAAGGGGUCUGCAUACGACCCUCACUACAAUCCCGAAAACUUGCUUACGCUGGCUACAUCUCUCAAGAAGCCCGUCAUCUAUGUGGCUCUCAACUACCGCAUUCUCAUCUUUGGCUUUGCUCGUCUGCCCAUUCUCAAAGACCAAAAGUCUAUGAACGUGGGCAUGCGAGAUCAGCUGGCUGGUUUCCAAUGGGUCAAGGACAACAUUGCAGCAUUUGGAGGCGAUCCCGACAAGAUUACCUCUUUUGGACUCAGCGCUGGAGGCACAUUCACUUCGCUUCUUCUGACCUCCUAUGGGGGAGAAAGAGGCGUCCCGUUCACCCAAGCUUGGUGCAUGUCUGGUCCUCCCGGCACGGGACUCAACAUGACAAGUGAUGUCACUGAAUUGCACACUCGAGAAGUGGCAAAGACUCUGGGUUGCGCCAGCACCGAUGAUUCGGAGUUACUGCAGUGUUUAAGAGGAGUUCCAUUGGAGAAGUUGACGGAGAAGGCCGCGGAGUAUGCGUCCGCCAAUCAUCCUCCUCUCGGACUGUUCACAUUCAUUCCUUCUGUUGACGAUGAUUUGAUCCCGGAUCGUCAGACUACAUUAUACAAAUCUGGGAACUUUGUUAAGGGAAUUCCAUUGGUGUAUGGUUGGGCUCAGGAUGACGGCGCCUUGAGUACCGCUCCCGCGCCUACCUAUCAGACCGAGGAUGACAUGAAAGCCACCAUCCAAGGAGUGGCGCAUGCCUUGACCGAUGAAGACUAUAAGAAGCUGUUCUCACUCUACCCAGAAGCUGACUUUGCGGAGGAGGUUUCCGACUAUGAGGCCCGCAAGGCUGAGUCUGAUCCUACGGUUGGAGUGAAUUACUUCCGAGUCGCCCGGAUCCUGAGGGACCUGCAGUUCACUUGUUCCAGCAUCGACUUUGGUAGCGACAUGCUCAAGGAAAGCAAGCGGUUGGACCCGGAAUACCCUGGGGUUCAUCUGUACUCACUCAACCAGACCAUGUUGGCACCAAUGUUUGCUGGCGCAGGCAUGCCGUACAUUGGUGCCACGCAUGGGAGCGACUUGAACUAUCUCUUCAAUCUCUUUCCCGAAGGGAAGAUCACAGAUGAGGACCAAAAGUUGUCGAGGGCGUUUAUUGGCAGCUUCAUCAACUUUGCAUACACUGGCAAGCCAUCACCGGCCGAGCCCGAGCAGCAGGUAGAAGAAACGCUUGGUCGAUGGCCAGAGGCAUUUCCUGUCCAUGGACCUGAAAGCGUGAGCCUUUUGGUCAUUGGUGGGCCUUGGGGAACAGGAAAUACUCGCCUGACCGCUCACAAGGAACAGAGAGAUGGAAAUCUAAAGCAGAUGCCUAUCGAUGGGGGCAACAUUCAGGUUGGGGAGAUGAAGGUCAGGUCUUGCAAGGAGAGGAAGAGACAGCUGAAGAGGGAGAAACUGUUUGAGAGGUGCCGCUACAUCAACUCGCUAUCGGAGAAGCUUGGUAACUAA